UUCGCAAAACUAAAGAAGAGAGAAAUGUCUGGAAGAGGAAAAGGAGGCAAGGGUUUGGGAAAAGGCGGGGCAAAGCGCCACCGCAAAGUGCUCCGUGACAACAUUCAGGGCAUCACGAAGCCGGCGAUCCGGCGACUUGCUCGGCGCGGCGGAGUUAAGCGGAUCAGCGGCUUGAUUUACGAGGAAACUAGAGGCGUCCUCAAGAUCUUUCUCGAAACUGUUAUUCGUGAUGCGGUCACCUACACCGAACACGCUCAUCGCAAGACCGUCACUGCUAUGGAUGUUGUCUACGCCCUCAAGCGCCUUGGCCGUACCAUUUAUGGAUUCGGCGGUUAGGUCGUCGCCGGAAUUUCUUUGAGAUGGGUUGUUUGGUUGCUAUUUGAUUAUUUGAAGCUGAUAAUAAUAUGUUCUGUAAUUGCAUGGUACUCUUUGGGAUUGGCCACUUGAUUCUUACGGAAUGAUAAUUUCGUAUGUUUUUUAAUCACGUAAGUUUUGAUUUUUGUCUGUUUAUGGAUAGAUGAUAUGAAUUCUGAUGCGUCAAUGUUCGUUGUAA